GCGCGGUGCGUGCGUGGGGCCGCGGCGGGAGCAGGAAGGAGGAGAAGGGAGGAGGAAGGAGGCGGCAGCGCGGCGUUCCCUGAGCGCCGGGACAAAGGGCCGCGCAGGUAGGGCAGGGCGUAGCGGCCUGGCUGCGGAGGGCCGCCGAGCCACUCGGGGCCGGGACCUCCACCCCUCUGCCCCGCGGCCAACGGACGUUCCCAGCGCCCCUCGCCCUCCCUUUGUUUUGUCAGCCGCGGCCGAGACCCCUCCCCGGCGGGGGAGGCACUUCCCGGCUCCGCAGCCAUGAGGGCCGAAGGCCGGCGGCCGCGCUAAGCGGCGGCCCGGAGCGGAGGGGCGGCCCUCGGGGCCCGCCGCCAUGGAGCGGCCGAGCGGGGACAUCAUGCGGCGGAACCCGCAGCAGGACUACGAGCUGAUCCAGCGCGUGGGCAGCGGCACCUACGGCGACGUGUACAAGGCUAGAAAUCUUCAUACUGGAGAACUGGCUGCUGUAAAAAUAAUCAAGUUAGAGCCUGGGGAUGACUUUUCGUUGAUCCAGCAGGAAAUAUAUAUGGUAAAAGAAUGCAAACAUUGCAACAUAGUCGCCUAUUUUGGGAGCUAUCUCAGCCGUGAAAAGCUGUGGAUAUGCAUGGAGUACUGCGGCGGGGGAUCCCUCCAAGAUAUCUACCAUGUCACAGGACCUCUGUCAGAGUUACAAAUUGCAUAUGUUUGCAGAGAGACUUUGCAGGGUCUCGCUUAUUUGCAUAUGAAGGGGAAAAUGCACAGAGAUAUAAAGGGUGCAAAUAUUCUACUAACAGACCAUGGCGAUGUCAAGUUAGCUGACUUUGGUGUAGCAGCAAAAAUAACAGCCACCAUUGCAAAGAGGAAAUCAUUUAUUGGUACCCCGUACUGGAUGGCCCCAGAGGUUGCGGCGGUGGAGAAGAACGGCGGCUACAACCAGCUGUGUGACAUCUGGGCAGUCGGCAUCACAGCCAUCGAGCUGGCGGAGCUUCAGCCCCCCAUGUUCGACCUGCACCCCAUGAGGGCUUUGUUCUUAAUGUCAAAAAGUAAUUUUCAACCACCAAAGCUAAAGGAAAAAGCAAAAUGGUCAUCAACAUUCCAUAAUUUUGUCAAAAUAGCACUUACAAAAAAUCCAAAGAAGAGACCAACAGCAGACAGACUCCUUGCUCAUAGCUUUGUAGGUCAGCCUGGUCUUUCACGAUCUUUAGCAGUUGAGCUGUUGGACAAAGUUAAUAAUCCCGACAACCACACGCACUGCAGUGAAGUGGAUGAUGAUGAUUUUGAGCCUCAUUCUGUUAUUCGCCAUACGAUUCGUUCUACAAACAGGAAUGUUAGGGCAGAAAGAACAGCAUCAGAGAUAAACUUUGAUAAGCUCCAGUUUGAGCCCCCUCUGCGGAAAGAAACAGAAGCUCGGGAUGAAAUGGUUGUGGCAGCUGGUACCGAUUUUGCUUCGCAUUGGAAUCCUUUUGUUGAAGGUGGAAGCAGCAAGGGACUGCUUACAAAAUUUGGCGAUGGGAGCGAAGAUGUUGAAGAGUCAACCCUUAAGCGAGCAGGGCCACCUCCACUGCCCCCUAAGCCAAGAAUAAACAGUUACCCUGAGGAAAACCUCCCAGAUGAUGAGAAAUCUCAGACGAUAAAACACUUCCCUGACUCACAGAACAGAGCCCCACCAGCUCAUAGGAGGCAGAGUAUUCCUGUCUGUGGGCCUCAGGCUGAUUCUUCCCCCAUUGGUAUGACCAGCAGCAUCAGUAGCCCAGGAUUGCUCACAGCUAGAUACAGCGACUUGGGAAAUGGGGACGGCAUGCUGAAACUCAUUGAGGAAAAUGCAGAAGGAUCCUCACAGAUCCCUCAGCUGCCACGUAAAAAAGAGAAGAGAGAUUUUCCUAAGCCAGCAAUCAAUGGUUUGCCACCAACGCCAAAGGUGCUGAUGGGAGCGUGUUUCUCCAAAGUUUUCGAUGGUUGCCCUUUGAAGAUCAACUGUGCAACGUCAUGGAUUCAUCCGGACACUAAAGAUCAGUACAUCAUCUUUGGAACAGAAGAAGGUAUCUAUACUUUGAAUUUGAAUGAACUUCACGAAGCAACAAUGGAACAGUUGUUUCCCCGGAAGUGCACCUGGCUGUAUGUUAUCAAUAACACCUUGAUGUCCUUGUCAGGGAAGACGUUCCAGCUCUACUCCCAUAAUCUGAUAGCUUUGUUUGAACAAGCCAAAAAAACAGGACUAGCUGCUCACAUCCAAACCCAUAGGUUUCCUGACAAAAUAUUACCAAGGAAGUUUGCCUUAACGACAAAGAUUCCUGACACAAAAGGGUGUCACAAAUGCUGCAUAGUCAGAAAUCCGUACACAGGACACAAGUACCUCUGCGGUGCGUUGCAGUCUGGAAUUGUUCUGUUACAGUGGUAUGAGCCAAUGCAGAAAUUCAUGUUAAUAAAGCACUUUGAUUUUCCUUUGCCGAGCCCUCUGAAUGUCUUUGAGAUGCUGGUGAUCCCAGAGCAGGAGUACCCCAUGGUCUGCGUCGCUAUCAGCAAAGGCGCCGAGCCAAACCAGGUGGUUCACUUUGAGACAAUCAACUUGAACUCUGCUUCUUCGUGGUUUACAGAAAUCGGUGCAGGCAAUCAGCAGCUGGAUGCCAUUCAUGUGACACAGCUGGAAAGAGACACCGUGCUGGUCUGCCUGGACAAAUUUGUGAAAAUAGUGAAUUUACAAGGGAAACUGAAGUCAAGCAAGAAGUUGGCCUCGGAGCUGAGCUUUGAUUUCUGCAUCGAGUCAGUGGUGUGCCUUCAGGACAGCGUGCUGGCCUUCUGGAAGCACGGCAUGCAGGGCAAGAGCUUCAAGUCAGAUGAAGUUACCCAGGAGAUAUCAGAUGAAACCAGGGUUUUUCGCUUGCUGGGCUCUGACAGAGUGGUGGUGCUGGAGAGCAGGCCGACGGAGAACCCAACUGCACACAGCAACCUCUACAUCUUGGCUGGCCACGAAAACAGUUACUGAGCUGCAGUGACCCAACGUGGGGGAUUCACCGCGGGGGGAAAAAGGAGCAUUAGGAAACUCAGUGCGUGUGGGACUGUGACUCUUUGCUUCUCUUGACACCUACGUUUUGCUGUUUUCAGGUGGAAAUCAAUACAUUUUAGCAGCUGGGAACAGCUGGUUCUGUCUCUUGCCACUGUGUGGUUGGUUAUGUCAAGUUUGCUUAAUAAAAGCUAUGAUAAGUAGCCCUUUACUCAUUAGUGUAGGGAAACAGAGCCUUUAAAAUAAUGUUAUUCAGUAAAGGUGCCAUAAACUGUUAAUUAUUUUACUUCCCUCGGGCUUCCCGUGCAUCCUGUAGAUACAGACCUAGUGGCUGUUUCCCCCUUUUAUACCGAGUCUUCUUAAUUAAAAAACCCAAUUUGUGUAGGGAGUGAAAGUAUCCGCAGAGCUCCUUGGUUUUCAGUCUGCCGUUCGGUAUGGCUUUGUACUAUAGACUAUUUAAUCCUUAUUUAUUAAUCUGCUGCUAGGGUGGUGUCACGGAUCUAACUUUGAGCACAGGAAGGUUGCGGAGCAGCUCACAGGUUUGGUUUUUUACAGCUGUAUAAAGAUUCGACGAUUCUUUUCCUUGUAGAGAUGUAGUGCAUUACUGAGGCUAUGUUACAGCGCCGGACUUUGUAAAAAUGCAGUUUUGUACAACCAAGUAUUUUGUAUGGAUUUUCUUCUUGCCUGCAGAAUUGCCAUAAAAGGGAUUUUCUUCUUUGCUAGACGUAGGGGUGCUGUACACAAAAUGCAGUGUUGGUAUUGACGUGUUGCUGCCGGGUGGGUGUGUGCCAGACACAUCCGUGUGUGUGCAUGUGUGCAUGUGUAUCCAGCUGACCGGCGGCGUGUAUUUUUAUAUCUAUAUAUAUAUUUAUAUAUAUAUAUAAAUGUACAAAAUAGCUAUGCUUUAUUUUCACAAGUUAGGGACGAGCCUGGUGGCAGGAGGUGGAAACUGCACCCGGGCCUCAUCCUUAACCAAUGGAAGCGUCGUGUAUCGGGCUGCCCUGACGUGUAGGUUAUUUAUGCUGUUCCCAGGGGGAGAGCGGAGCUGCACGGCCCUCUGCUCUGCCCUCCUCCUCCUGUUGGGCUUUGGGUGCCGCGUUCCCCGCUGGGUGGUAUAAAUAAAUACGAUAAGAAGCAGUAUUCUGUAUUAAAGCUUUCCAUCACCUCUUCCCCUUCCCUGUUCUGUCAGCUGCGUUUGUUCCUUCUGAUUUUGUUCCUUCAUUAAAAAGCCAUGUGGGUUCGUUUGUCUUUCUCGUUCAUUAAGACUUUGAGGUACCUUGGGCUGAUGAUGGCAUCUGGUUUUGCUACCUUACGUCCACCUGCUUGCUUCAGUCUGUAGGCAGAUAGAGCAGUGCUUUGGUAAGAUUGGAGGGCUCUGAAAUCGUGGAAUCAUAGAAUCAUAGAAUAGAUUGGGCUGGAAGGGACCUCAAGGAUCACGAAUCUCCAACCCCCCUGUGCCAUGCAGGGCCACCAACCUCCACAUUUCACAGCAGCCCAGGCUGCCCAGGGCCCCAUCCAACCUGGCCUUCAACACCUCCAGGGAUGGACGGGGCAUCACAGCCUCUCUGGGCAGCUGUUCCAGCACCUCACCACUCUCACAGCACAGAACUUAAUGGAGCCCUGCAGCGUGCAGCAUCCAUCCUGCUGCCCUAAGAGAGAUGGGUCUGGAGCUUUGUGCAUCGCUGUGAGGGGGCAGGAAUGGGAGCAUGGCACUGAGCUGGGCCUGGCCUCGAGGCUGCGAGCAGAACUGGAGGAGGUUGAUUGAACUCCAAACCUGACAGAUGGAGUGCAGGGAUGUCUGUGUGGGCACCAACCUGCUGGUUGGCAUUGAACACCGAUGGGAUGAGCUCACACACGUGGUGCAUCAGUAAUGUGCUUUGUUACAUGUGGGUGUUCUGAAGGUCAGGAAGGAGCACCAGCAGACUGCAUGCUGUGUAGUGCUUUAUCUACUUAGCAGUGUCAUUCAGAAGCCGUUCUUGGUACUGACUUGAGGUUUACAUCAAGUCUGGCUUUUCAGUUCCAUAUCCAUAUCAGGGUUUGAUAACUGAUGUACAUCCAGAACCUAAAAGUCAGCCACCACCAAUGCUUGGAAGUUGGUCGAGUGGGCAGCUGGAUGGGCACCGUGAGGGAGAGGUUUAAGUUCCACGUGUGAAGGAAGCUGAGCUCUGCAGCACUGAGCUGGGAGCCCUGGGUGGCAGUGGAGGUGAGCAGUGCUGGGUGAGCAGCCCCAGGUGGUGCCCCAGGAUCACAGCAGCAGCUCUACUGCAGAAGCAAAGAAAAAGUGAAGCACGGCAUAUGGAUGUUGUAGAGGAAGUGUUUGCCCUCGUUUCACUCAGUGCAGAAGUUUGUUUGGGCUUCAUCACUUCGUAGAGCUCAGGGAGAUCUCAAAGACUGAGAGAAAUCUGCACGCAACGUUUAAGUGUUUAUGGGGAUAACUGGAGCCAAUACCCAUUAGGUCAGGAUGCUGCCUUGCAAAGAUAACCAAGGGAAGGUACUGGGAGUGACAUGGGAGGCUGGGGAUUUUCUGAAUCGUACAGAAAGGCUCUAGGAAAGUCCUCCUGUAAUCAAACCCCCUUUUGGAGCUGUUGACGUUUCUCGUGGCGUGUUCUGAAAUGCGCAGCCCCGUUUUACAUCGCUGUGAGGUGCUGAUUCCCACUGCAGAGCCUCCCUGCUUCCUCUGAGCAGUUUGGCACCAGUGGCCACGUGGCCCGUGCCCAGCUGCCUCCGAUGGGCGCCGUCUGCUUGUUGAGACUUUGUUUUGUUUCAUAGAUUGUAACCGAGGCUGAUGGAAUGCGUUCCCAUUUGGGCAACUUAGGCUUUUUGUUCUGCUUCUGUUUCUGUUGCUGCUCGUUUCAGUCUAUGCCAAAUAAACGAUGCUUUAUUCGAUA